UCGCCCCCGGGGAUAUUCCCCGGCGAGAGCCCAUUCGGCACCCCAGCCGACCCUGAGAGGCGGAACGGGACGGGCGGCGCACCCAGAGUGACGACGCACCCGAGACCGCCGCGCCGGCUGGGACGUCACUUCCGGGGCGCUUCCUCGCGGGGCCUUGUGGGUAGCCGGCCGGGGUCUCCUGGCGACGAUGAUGGCGGGGGAUGUGGGCGGUCGCAGCUGCCCCGAUUCGGAGCUGCUGCUGCACCCGGAGCUGCUGUCCCAGGAGUUCCUUCUCCUCACCCUGGAGCAGAAGAACAUAACUGUUGAAAAUGACAUGAGAGUAAACAAAGACAGUCUUACCGAUCUUUAUGUUCAGCAUGCGAUACCACUGCCGCAGAGAGAUUUGCCAAAGAAUAGAUGGGGGAAAGUGAUGGAAAAGAAAAGAGAACAACAUGAGAUAAAAAAUGAGACGAAAAGGAGUAGCACCGCAGACGGGUUUCGGAAAAGACCCCUCAUCGUGUUUGACGGGAGUUCAACAAGUACAAGCAUAAAAGUGAAGAAGAGCGAGAACGGAGACAAUGACCGACUCAAGUCCCGGCCUCAGGCCGGCGCUACCAGUAAUGCCUUUCGAAAAUUGUCAGAUUCCUCUUCAGGUGUUUCACCCCUAAUUUUGUCUUCCAAUUUGCCUACGAACAAUAGAAUGGAACACAAUAAUAAUGACACUAAACAGAACCAUGACUUAAUGCAUAGGAAAAGUCCUUCCGGCCCCGUGAAGUCGCCGCCUUUGUCGCCUGUAGGAACUACUCCGGUGAAGUUAAAGCGAGCCGCUCCCAAGGAGGAGGCCGAGGCCGAGGCCGCGAAUAACCUGAAGCCCCCAGAAGCAAAGAGGAAGAUACAGCAUGUUACAUGGCCGUGAAGGAAAGUUUCCAAAAAUGUAAAUAUAACUGUAACUGUAGUUUUUCAAACAAGUUCACAUUUACUGACAGUAUUUACAGAGAUCCUGAUUAUUGUGGAAUUUUCUUAAGAGGUUUAAAUUAGGUUCAAAAUAAUAAAGUCCUUUCCUUUCCUUUU